AUGGCUGCUCUCGUCCCAGCUGGAUCCUCUGUUCUCGCCUCCAAGUCCGCCGGUGCUUCUCACCGGAAGAUGGCCACUCUCGGGAAUUUAUCAAUAUCGCCGCCGGUGAAGCUUCCGGGAUUCCUCAAUUUCCAAUGCGGAUCCAUUAGAUCGUCCGCGUCCUCAGGCAUAAAGGCCCAGGUUUCAACUGUUGAACAAGUUAGUGCUGAAUUGGCACAGAAACUAGAAGCCCCUGUUGUUGUUAUCACUGGAGCUUCUAGAGGAAUUGGAAAGGCAGUUGCUUUGGCUCUGGGGAAAUCUGGUUGCAAGGUUCUUGUUAAUUAUGCAAGGUCAUCAAAGGAGGCAGAAGAAGUUUGCAGAGAGAUAGAGGCAUCUGGUGGACAGGCUCUUACUUUUGGUGGAGAUGUUUCAAAAGAAGCAGAUGUGGAGUCGAUGAUCAAAACUGCGAUGGACGCAUGGGGAACAAUAGAUGUUAUGAUCAAUAAUGCAGGUAUUACGAGAGACGGAUUGUUGAUGAGAAUGAAAACAUCUCAAUGGCAGGAGGUCAUUGAUCUAAACCUUACGGGAGUGUUCCUAUGCACACAGGCAGCUGCCAAAAUAAUGAUGAAGAAGAAAAAGGGAAGGAUAAUAAAUAUCGCAUCUGUUGUUGGUCUUGUGGGUAAUGUUGGACAAGCCAACUAUAGUGCUGCAAAAGCAGGGGUGAUUGGAUUAACGAAGACAGUUGCCAAGGAAUAUGCAAGCAGAAACAUCACUGUGAAUGCUGUUGCUCCUGGAUUUAUUGCAUCUGACAUGACGGCUAAGCUUGGAGCAGAUUUUGAGAAAAAGAUAUUGGAGGCAAUCCCAUUGGCAAGGUAUGGCCAACCAGAAGAAGUUGCUGGGCUGGUGGAAUUCUUGGCCCUUAGUUCUGCUGCCGGUUACAUCACUGGACAGGUAUUAACCAUUGAUGGAGGUAUGGUAAUGUAAGAGGCUCACAUUAAACUACCUGGAUCCGCGGACCAACUCCACUUGGUUGUACGCGUUUGUAUCAAGUUUUGGCGUGAGAUAGUUCUGAAAUAAUGUAGUUAAGUCAGAUUUCAUAUGAUAUAUACCAAAGUUUGAUUUCACCAAGAACAGGUAGUGCAAGUAGGUUUGAAACCUCUAAUUGAUGUUUCCAAGAUCAUAUAUACCUGAAUAUUGUGAAUCGGUGAUAGGAAAAUGAAUGACAGCAAUUAUCCCA